AUUUCAGAUAUGGUGUACCAGGAACAUCCAGAGAUAAUAAUUUCAGAUAUGGUGUACCAGGAACAUCCAGAGACGAUAAUUUCAGAAAUGAUGUACCAGGAACAUCCAGAGACAAUAAUUUCAGAAAUGAUGUACCAGGAACAUCCAGAGACAAUAAUUUCAGAAAUGAUGUACCAGGAACAUCCAGAGACGAUAAUGUCAGAAAUGAUGUACCAGGAACAUCCAGAGACAAUAAUUUCAGAAAUGAUGUACCAGGAACAUCCAGAGACAAUAAUUUCAGAUAUUGUCUACCAGGAACAUCCAGAGACAGAAAUG